CCCGGGCGCCGCGGCGCCGGCCCGGCAUGCGAGGAGGGCGUGUGCCUUGGCCGCCCCCGCCCCGGGUAGAGAUUCAGCUUGGAAACGCGAAGAUUCUCCCCCCCCCCCCCCCCCCGUUCGUGAUGUGGGCGUAGGGUUACUUUUCGUAUUGACUUAGGAAGGCACGUGCUCUCCAAGCUGGCUUUUGCGCUGUCCCUGACAUCGUCAGCGAUUCCCUGUCAUCGUAAAUGAUGCGUGGCCGAAGCGACUGAAAUGUUUUAAAAGCCGGAUGCGUUCAGGAUGAUGUCGUCUUGUCAGUUUAAGUGGCUUUGGGGUAUAAUUUUGUGUGUGUGUGUAAGGACUUGCAAAAAAAAAAAAAUUCCGGCAAGAGACAUGUAAUGAAUUUAUGUAGGAUUUCAGCGUCAGUAUUGAAGUAAUCAGAUUUCAGUGGUUGGCGCAGCCUCGCAAGUAAAUGGCCCCUUAUCCACGAGGUUGAGGUCUUAACUGUUCCUUUUGAACGAGUUCUGUAGAAUCAGCUGACUGCUGAUUAUAAUUCGCACUAGACGACGUAGGGGCUGUGUCCUUAGUUGAUAAGCAGAGAUUAGAGCUAACAUUUAACAUUCUGCCCCGUAGCAAGUUUUCUCUGCUGCUUUUUGGAUUAUUCUGUUCAAAUUAAACACCUCUGUCUAGAUGAGUAGCAUUGCUUGGUGCAUAACAUAAAAACAUUAUUUCUGGUAGUAACACGUAUUAGCUUAUAUACAUUAUGUAUACAUAAUCAUGCUUUACAACUGCUUAGUAUGAUUACAAAGUUGGAAAAUUAGAAACAGUAAUACUGGGCAAAGUUGAGUAGUGGUUGUUUGCCAGACUUGUUUCAAAUCAUCUACACGCUUUACCUCAUUUAAUCUUUGGGAUAACUUUUUGCAUAAACAGAGGUUACUCUGAAGUACUUGAGUACACGAGUUUGAUUUGAAUGUGUCCAAAUGGUGAAUAUGUACAUUAAUUGCUUCUGUUUCUGUUUUUCGUAAAACAAGGGUGUUGGCAAUAUAAAAUGACUCAGAGUAAAUGUGUUUUUCAAGUUGGAAGGUGGCUUUUCAAUUGCAUGGAAUUGCAGUUAGUCCCUUUAUUGGAGUAUUCAGUAGUUUCCAAAGCCCUGUGUCUCUUUUUUUUUUUUUAUCAAAGUUCCCAUUACAUGUCAUUGUCACUCAAUCAAGAGGCUGUGCUUGGACGUUCAGAAAGAGUAAAUGUUGGGAAAGCCUUAAUUGCUCCUGGUGAAAGGUCUCUUCUUACCCUGUUUAGUCUCUUAGUGACAUUCCUAAUUAAGAGGUUAACAAAUGACAUACAGGAAGGGUGAUUUUCCAGUACCAGACCAAGGGAAUAAAAAGCAGUGGGUUGACUGUUACUUUGUUGAUGAGUCUAACAUUCAUGGGUACAUGAAGGUUAGGAAUGUUAUGUAAUCUAUGUUGUAGGUGUUCUAACCUCAUUUUUUAGUUUGCCUUUGAAUGUCUUAAACAUAUUUGAAUCCAGUACUUUGUGCAUUAAGGAAUUUUUGACUGGAUUUAAUUGAGUAGUUUGGACAUCCUUAAGUUUAUUCUGGGUCUUCCCUGGCAGUCUAGUGGUUAAGACUGUACUUCCAGUGCAGGGGGCGUGGUUUCCAUCACUGGGCAGGCAAGUUGUGCAGGGCAACCAAAAAAAAAAAAAGAAGAUUAUUCUGUUUCCAGGGGCGAUGGUGGGAUCCAGCAGUGUGCAUCCUAUGAGAGUCGAAGCGGUUGAAAGGCCUGCAGAGGAGGAGGGAAGUGCUCAGAAACGUGUCUUAUUUGUGAUGAGAGCGUGUUGGACUUAACCCAUCUUUGUAUAGUGGUCCGCCAUCAGUGAGGGAUUUGAGAACGCUUUUGCCAGUCGAUAUGUAUAAGAGGUUCCUUUACCCAAAGGCAUUCUCUUCCGGGAGGAGAUGAGUGGAGGUUUGUCAUCAGUGGAAGGAUGUAGAAGACAAAGAUGCAAGUGUUAAUCCUUCCGCCCAUGGUGACUAACUGAUUCCUGCCACCACAUGCAUCUUCAGGCACUUCCCUGGGAGAUGUUUGAUGUCUGUGGGCAGGCGCUAGUAGAGGAGGGAAGGAAGGAAGAGGGUGGGAGGAGCCAGAGCCCAGGGCUUUAUGAACGGACUUUCGUUUGGACCUCCAUGGCCUCUGAAAACCUUUCCAACAAUACUGACUGUGUGUGUCUGUAAACCUCUUAUAUGUUAUUUGUGUUCAGAAAUAAUAGAGAAUGUCUCUUUAACGUGCUUCAUAAACAGUGGAGCAUAUUGAGAGUACAGAACAGGAAAAGUUGUUAACUUCUGUGGGUUUGCCAUUGUUGGAAGCCGGAGCAACCGUAAUGCCAGCCUUGGCUCCUGUCUGUGAGGUGCUGAAGCGGUGUUGUGUUUCAUCCGAGAGAAGAACACCCCUUCCUCCUUACUUCAGAACUCAGCUGUCACGUGGAGUGAGUGCCCUUUUAGGUCCUGCGGUGCUGGGGCCUUUUCUAGGUCCCUCAUGGCCGUAUCUCGGCCUGCGGAAGGUGAGCAGUGAAUGUUUGUGGGAUGAACAGGUAUGCCAGAAUCCGCUCUCUGUGCCCGCCUCUUGUGGAAGUUCCACUUGCCUCCAGGGGCAGGGCGGGCCACUGCAGGCUCGCCCUCUCCACGGCCCCAGCUCACAAGGAACCCUUGGCAUUCAAUCUUUUAUGGCUUUAUAUUGUUGUAGGAGUGUUUCCCUGUGUUUUGUUUCCCCACCCAAAAUACAGGCUGUCUGAGGGUAGGGAAUACAUGUUUGUACAGGUCUGUGUGUGAGAACUUCCUUGUUCAUCUGGUAUAACAAUCUAUACCAAGUAGGUUCAUUUUUACCUCUUGAGUGACUAGUAGGUGCCAUGGGGGAAUGUCAGAAAAACUCAAGAUGUGGUCCCAGGCCUCAAGUGGGUAAACAUUGAGCAAACAUUAUGUACACAUGUGGAAAAGUAUGAGAAUUUGGAGUUACAUAAAGCAAAUAACAAUAGCUACUAUUGAUGGAGUGCCUAGAAUGUGCUUUUGCAUCUAGAUUUAUUUGACUCUCACAACAACCCUGUUGUCCCGUUAUAGUCCCAUUUUUUACAUGGAGAAACUGAGGCACAGAGAGAUUCAGCCACGUACCUGAGAUCACAAUACGAGCAGUAAGCCAGGGAGACGGGAUGCGAACCGCAGGCAGCCUGGCUCUGGAAUCAGGGUGGAUUCUCCCCGGAGCUUUACUUUAUCAAAGAUAGAAGAGAGAGCUAGAACUUGACCCUAGUUUCUCAGCUGCACAAACUCUUUUACAAUUUCAGAGUAGCACUCACAGUGGCAGUGACCCUCAGGUACAGAGGCUAUGCCGGAUUUUCCAGGCAGAAGAGGUUGGUAAUGAAAUGGUUGAGGGGACUCUAUUUUGAUGUGACUGGAAGCACCAAGAAGAGAAACCGGACUUUGCAUUUCAAAGCUGAGUGAGCAGUAGAGCUCUUGCUUGGUUACUCCUGUUGAAUUCUAGGACGGUGAUUCACAAGGACAGAGGGCCGUGACUGUUUAGGAUACUAAUUCAGUGUCUACUCAUGUGAAAUAAAACAGUACUGAAUGAACUCGUUACUACCUUUCUUUUUAAAAACACUUUUAACCCCCUAGUGAAUGUAACUUACCAGGAUGGGAGUGUCAUGGAAGGCUUCCGGUGCCCAUCUGUCCGGUUGCCUGGUCCUUACAUGAAAUCUUGACUCACUUCUUCAGCUUGUCUUGGACAACCGAGCACACUUUUGGGGCCUGGAGGCCUCUUCCAACCAAGCUGUAUUUCUCUGGUGGAUUAAAAAACAAAAGUAAAGCAGCACUGUUGGUUUGGUAACAGACCUGGAGUAAGGUCACUCGGAAGCCACAUGGACUUGGAUGAGGGCCCGCAAACAGAACGCAGCAAGAUGAAGGAAAAUGGUUUUCUUCGAAAGCCCAGUUGUAUGUCCCUUUAGUUGGGAGACGACAGUGUUAUUUUGGGGGUGUUGGGCGCCAACAGAGUCCGCUGAACCCACAUGACCCCGCCGAUAGGGAGCACUACCAUUGGCCCUGGAAUCCGAGGAAGAGGUGCCCUGGAGCAGGCCCGGGCCUGGUUAGCAGCUCUGCAGGGUGUCUUACCUUGGAAACAGCACAGUUUGGCUUCCACGUCUUCUCUGAGCUUAGAGAGUCCUCUUUUCACCAUGUCGUCAGUAGGGACAGAAAACCAGGAGGAGCCCUCACAGCUUCCCCAGAUCAGGAGGGAAAAUAUGGAAUGUGUUUUACCGCUGACUGAACACAACCCAAUGAACUGUCCUGACAGUAGUUUGAAAACCAGCAGUUAGCAGUUUGUACAGCCCCAACAUCACCCGGCACUUUCCAGAGCAGACUCACUGUUCACAGGACCUCUCAGCCUCACGCCCGGUAGGACCUCACGCUCGGCCAGUUUCAGAGAUUUCCGCACAAGAAAAGCACCCGGCACCCCACGUCCACAAUGGCGAUGGACGAGUACCUGUGGAUGGUCAUCUUGGGUUUUAUCAUAGCUUUUAUCUUGGCAUUUUCUGUGGGUGCCAAUGAUGUUGCCAAUUCGUUUGGUACUGCCGUGGGCUCGGGCGUGGUGACCUUGAGGCAGGCCUGUAUCCUGGCUUCCAUCUUCGAAACCACCGGCUCGGUGUUGCUGGGGGCCAAAGUCGGAGAGACCAUCCGGAAGGGCAUCAUCGACGUGAACCUGUACAACAACACCGUGGAGACGCUGAUGGCCGGGGAGGUCAGUGCCAUGGUCGGCUCAGCUGUCUGGCAGCUCAUCGCAUCCUUCCUGAGGCUCCCAAUCUCGGGGACUCACUGCAUCGUCGGGGCCACCAUCGGGUUCUCCCUCGUCGCAAUUGGUACCCAAGGUGUGCAGUGGAUGGAGCUGGUCAAGAUUGUUGCUUCUUGGUUUAUAUCUCCACUGUUGUCUGGUUUCAUGUCUGGCGUGCUGUUUGUACUGAUCAGAAUGUUCAUCUUAAAAAAGGAGGACCCCGUCCCCAAUGGCCUCCGGGCGCUUCCCGUGUUCUACGCCGCCACCAUCGCCAUCAACGUCUUCUCCAUCAUGUACACCGGAGCCCCAGUGAUGGGCCUGGUCCUCCCCAUGUGGGCGAUCGCCCUCAUCUCCUUCGGGGUCGCGCUGCUGUUCGCCCUCUUCGUGUGGCUCUUCGUGUGUCCGUGGAUGCGGAGGAAGAUAACAGGCAAAUUACAAAAAGAAGGUGCUUUAUCGAGAGUCUCUGAUGAAAGUCUCAAUAAAAUUCAGGAAGUGGAGUCCCCAGUGUUUAAAGAGCUGCCGGGUGCCAAGGUUCAUGACGACAGCACCGUCCCCCUCACGGGCUCAGCUACGGAGCCCUCGGGGACCUCAGAAAGCAUGUCGGGGGGUCACCACCCCCGGGCCCCAUAUGGCCGGGCGCUGUCCAUGACGCACGGUACCACGAAGUCACCUGUGUCCAACGGGACCUUCGGCUUCGACGGCACGGCGCGGACCGACGGUCACGUGUACCACACGGUGCACAAGGACUCCGGGCUCUACAAAGACCUGCUGCACCGCAUCCGCGACGAGCGGCCGGCCGACGGGGCCCCGCGGCAGCUGCGGCGCAACAACAGCUACACGUGCUACACGGCGGCCAUCUGCGGGCUGCCCGGCCUGGCCACGCGCCGCGGUGACACGCCCGCGCCCGAGGACAGCGAGAAGCUGGUGGCCGACGCCGUGGCCUACUCGCGCCGUCGGCUGCGCUAUGACAGCUACUCCAGCUACUGCAACGCCGUGGCCGAGGCGGAGAUUGAGGCCGAGGAGGGCGGCGUGGAGGUCCGGCUGGCGCCCCAGCUGGCCGAGCCCGAGCCACCGCGCGACGACCCGGUGGACGAGGAGAAGGAGGAGAAGGACUCGGCCGAGGUGCACCUGCUCUUCCACUUCCUGCAGGUCCUCACAGCCUGCUUCGGCUCCUUUGCGCACGGUGGAAAUGACGUGAGUAAUGCCAUCGGGCCCCUGGUGGCUCUGUGGCUCAUUUAUGAACAAGGUGCAGUCCUGCAAGAAGCGGCGACUCCCGUCUGGCUGCUGUUUUAUGGAGGGGUUGGAAUUUGUACGGGCCUCUGGGUGUGGGGGAGACGAGUGAUCCAGACCAUGGGGAAGGACCUCACCCCCAUCACGCCAUCCAGCGGCUUCACCAUCGAGCUGGCCUCGGCCUUCACCGUGGUCAUCGCCUCCAACAUCGGGCUGCCAGUCAGCACCACGCACUGCAAGGUCGGCUCGGUGGUGGCGGUGGGCUGGAUCCGCUCGCGGAAGGCCGUGGACUGGCGCCUCUUCCGCAACAUCUUCGUGGCCUGGUUCGUGACGGUGCCCGUGGCCGGGCUGUUCAGUGCUGCUAUCAUGGCGCUCCUCAUGUACGGGAUCCUUCCAUUCGUGUGAUCGCUCCUUGGCGGCCGGCAAACGAGGGACGGCCCGGGGUGUGUGCGUGGGUGCUGUGGGCUCACACCCGCACGCACACGCCGUGCCCACGCGUGGGCUGCCCCCCGGCCAGCGCCUCCACGCCCCUCUCAGAUGUUCCAGACCACACUGUCCACCUAGGUGUAGAGUCAUCGUCCAGAGCUAACUUAACUACUGUACAUAAUACUGUGCGUUCAGCUGGUAUUGUGGCGACAUAACGUGGUGCGGUUACUUACAUAUUAAAUAUAUAUUGUAUACAUAGAAUAAUAGCUAGCAUUAUUUCAGACAUGCUCGAGAUGGGAGUGGAGCUACCUGCCUAGAUUUCAAUACUCAACAAAUCUUUGUACAUACCGAUUUCAGCGGCGGAUUUUAAGAACCUUUUAAAAGGAAAAUGUAGAUUGGAAGACGGUGUUUUUCCCCCGUUUAAUAUACUGUAAUGUAAGUGAGACGCAGGAUGGAGGAGGCCCACUUGGGAAGGUGUCCGCGUGUCCGUGUGCUGUUGACUCAUACUGGAACAGGAGUUCACAAGUGCUUUCACUGAAGAAUUUGUUCAUAUACUGUGUAUUGAUUAUGUAAUAUAUCAUGAAUUGCUUCUGUAAAUACUUAAAACUGUAAUUUUUUAAUGGUGUGCUUCCCUUAUACUUUUUUGAUCAGAGAAUUUUGGAAAGUACCAAAGAAGCAGCGGAAUAGUUUGCCAGUAUUAUAUUUUCAUACUGUUUGUGUCCCCCCGCCCUUCUCACUAAUCCCAACAUCAACCCUGGGAUGCGGCGCGACCACCACCUGGAGCGGGCUGUAUGGUGAGACACCAGCCCCCGCCACGGGCACACCCCUCUUCCGGUCCCCCCCACACACCCCCCACUGCUGCCCGCGCCAGAUCCUGGCCCCUCGAUGCUGUCAGCGCAGAGGAUGUACGGACGUGAUCGAGCACUACGUGUCAAGUCCAGUUUAAACUCCCGCCCCCCUCCUCCCCUGCAGCCUGAAGAAUGGGACUCUGACCUCAGUCAUGAGGCAAGUGCUUUGGCCUUCUAGAAAUUAGGGAGUGGGGAGGGUUGACCUGUUAAGACAAUACACUGGACUUGACGACUUCUUAGAGGCCUUCACGGAGCGGAGCAUCCUGGCUGCUCUGCUGUGGUCCCCACUGGAGUCUUCUCUUUUUUUGAUAGCGGGAGGAAGUACGACUAAUGCAAGAGCCUGAAAACUGUGGAAAUGCUGCUAAAACUUUUAUAUUGACAAACACUUUCUCGGUACUUCAUUGUGAUUUUUCAUUAAUCAACCAUAUUAAAUUUAUAAUAAAAAAUGCCCCUCAAAA